AUGGACGAGGGCAGCCUGGAGACGGCCCUGCAGACUUACCGUGCGCAGCUGCAGCAGGUGGAGCUGGCCCUGGGCGCCGGCCUGGACUCCUCGGAGCAGGCCGACCUGCGCCAGCUGCACGGGGACCUGCGGGAGCUCAUCGAGCUCACCGAGGCCAGCCUGGUGUCGGUCAGGAAGAGCAAGCUGCUGGCCACGCUGGACCAAGCGCACCUGGCCUCCCAGCAGGCUGUGGCCGAGGCUGAGGGCGAGGACGGACCAGCGGCCGCAGGGGCCGGCCUGGAGACCCCCGCUGCGGGAGAGGCAGCGCGCGAGCCCCGCAGCCCGGAGCAGGAGGCCGAGCUGAGCGGGACGAAAGUGAGCGCGCCCUACUACAGCCCGUGGGGCACCCUGGAGUAUCACAACGCCAUGGUCGUGGGCGCCGAGCGGGCCGAGGGCGGCCCGGCCGCAGUGCGAGUGCUCUACCUCUACCCGACGCACAAGUCCCUGAAGCCCUGCUCCUUCUUCCUGGAGGGCAAGUGCCGGUUCAAGGACAACUGCAGGUUUUCCCAUGGGCAGGUGGUCUCUCUGGAUGAGCUCCGCCCCUUCCAGGAACCAGACCUGAGUUCCCUGCAGGCUGGCUCUGCAUGUCUGGCUAAACACCAGGAUGGCCUGUGGCACCCAGCUCGGAUCACUGAUGUGGACAGCGGUUUCUACACUGUCAAGUUUGACUCAUUGCUGCUUAAGGAGGUUGUGGUGGAGGGAGACAGUGUGCUGCCCCCACUGCGCUUGGAGCCUGUGGAGUCUUCUGAAUCAGAGGACAGUGACGCAGAAGACUCUAGCUAUGCGAGAGGCAUGGGGACAGAACUUGUUGACAAUCAUACUGGGUCUGCUCUCUUCCCUGUAGUUGUGGACUCAGAGGCUGUGGCCGACAGGACAGAUGGGAUGGGCAGCACAGCCUUUGCAAGCUGGGAGGUGCACACACGUGGCAUUGGCUCCAGGCUCCUCGAAAAAAUGGGCUAUGAGCCUGGGAAGGGUCUGGGAAGGAAUGCUCAGGGCCGAGUGGAGCCCAUCCACGCUGUGGUGCUGCCCCGAGGGAAGUCCCUGGACCACUGCGUGGAGGCUCUCCAGAGGACGGUGAAAGGUGACAAAGUCAGCACCCACAGGCCCCCCAAGUGCCACGGGAAAGGGACGGUGCCUGCAGGCCGCCCACCCCCUCGCAAUGUGUUUGACUUCCUGAAUGAAAAGCUCCAGAGCCAGGCUCCCAAGGCCCUGGAGGUGGGGUCAGUGCCCCUGGUGGUGAAGGGCGGCAAGCAGGCCUACCACGCCAGCAAGAGCACCAAGCGCGCACUGAGCCUGCAGCUCCUUCAGACUGAAGAGCAGAUUAGCCGGACCCAGCGUGACAUCCAGGGAAUCCAGGAAGCCCUCACACGCAACGCUGGCCGGCAUGGUGUGGCCCAGCUGCGAGAGAAGCUGGCAGGUGCCCAGCAGCAACUGGGACAGCUCCGGGCCCAGGAGGCAGGACUGCGGAGGGAGCAGAGGAAGGCAGACACCCACAAGAGGAUGACUGAAUUCUAG